GAAGGACUUGGCUCACCAACUUUAGCCCUUUCACGUACCACCACCACAAUCUUGGUUGACGAUCACAGCCCUUGCACGUCGUGCUCAACAGACCGCGCCUACACACAAGCAGCAUUCCGCGCAGACCUUUCAGAGAUGCCGUCCACAAUCCCAUUGCCGCCGAUCCUGAUCGAUAUUCCCAGGUCACCAGUCUUUGCUGUUGGACUGCCCCUGGCUGCUAGCUUUGCCACGGGAUUGUUGACUCGUCAUUCCAAGUAUGGACCUCGUAGCUUUUGGUACCAAUCCCUCAAGAAGCCAACGCUCGACCCUCCUGCCUGGUCCUUUGGAGUCGUCUGGCCUGCGCUGUAUGCGUCCAUGGGAUGGGCAUCCUUCCUCUCGGUCAAAGCUUUGGACCGUACCCCGCCUGGACUGGGUCGUGACAAGGCUCUGCUGAGCCUCAAGCUGUACUAUCUUCAAUUGGCUCUCAACCAGGCAUGGACUCCUCUUUGCUUCGGUGGAGGAUACCUCGGAGCCGCAUUCACCGAUCUCGUGGCGCUGACGGGAACGGUAGGCUACUGGUUCUACCUCUUGCAGACCGAGGUGUCCAAGGAAGCAUCUUGGUUCAUCGCGCCUUAUCUUGCUUGGACCACCUACGCCUCCUAUCUCAACGGCUCUCUAUGGUGGAACAACUCUGGCAAGCACCUCUGGGCCAAUCUCAAGAAGAAGGCUGACUAAGCCCGAUUGUGGGAGCAUGGGCAACCAGCGCAAGGCAUGCGCGCUCGCAGUCAUGAAUAGCGAUGUAUUGUGCUAGAAGCGGGGCGCGCCAUGUGGAGCCGCGCUGGAAUGUCCACGUUCCAAGAGGGAUGAAUAGCUACCGAGACGCGCCCACUCUUUGGGACUUGAAAAGCCGUCACCUGCACCUGACAAUGAUCUCUAAGCACCAGCAAGACGCUUCUCGUUGAGCUCCCUUUGCUUGGCGAGCACCUCGACCUUUUCCUCUUGGGUAGCAUCGUAAGACACCUGCAAUUGA